CUUCCAGCAUCUGACGGACACACACAGACAGACAGACUGACGUAAAGCAGAGCGGAGUGCUGCUGAUCGGCAGAUCCGCGCGUGUCUCUCAUCGACGACCGCUUGUGGAUUGUACCUGUAGCAAACUACAUUUCUUGUUUCAAUGUAUUUCUCUCAGGAAUUUAGUAAUGUGGAGACUCCUGUCGUGGAUUCUUUUGACAUCCAGUUUGCACCAGGCCAGUUUCCACAACUCCACAGACUCUCCUCUUAUGACCACAGAAUUGGACCCUUAUAACCGAAAUCGAUACUGUAAAUGGCCGUGUAAGUGUCCCAAGAGUGCCCUUGUUUGCCCACAUGGGGUCAGUCUGUUGACAGAUGGAUGUGACUGCUGCAAGGCUUGUGCCAAGCAGGCAGGAGAGACCUGUAAUGAGAAAGAUAUCUGUGACUAUCAUAAAGGACUUUACUGUGACUACAGCGCUGACAAGCCGAGGUACGAAAAAGGAGUGUGCGCAUAUGUUAUGGGCACAGGCUGUGAGUAUAAUGGUGUGAUAUACCGUAAUGGCCAAAGCUUCCAGCCCAAUUGUAAAUACCGCUGUCUGUGUGUAAAUGGGGCGAUUGGAUGUGUGCCUCUAUGCACUGAUUCAUUGCCACCGCGAGUCUGGUGUCAGUCGCCCAAACGAGUGAAGAUCCCAGGCCAAUGCUGCGAAAAAUGGAUCUGCGAAGAGUCCCGUAAACCACGAAAGACCAACCCCAGACAUGCCCCCGCAGAAGUGUCCACUAAUGAUAUUUGGCACAACAACUGCAUUGCCCAGACUACCCCGUGGAGUCCCUGCUCAAAGACCUGUGGACGGGGCGUUUCACUGCGCAUCUCUAAUGAAAAUGCUGGCUGUGUGAUGGAGAAAGAGUCUCGACUCUGUAACCUCCGACCCUGUGAGGUGGACAUCACCAAACACUUCAGACCAGGUAAAAAAUGCCUGAACAUCUACCGCGAGCCAGACUUUCAGAACUUCACCAUCUCAGGCUGCAUCAGUAAGAAGGCCUAUUGGCCUAAAUACUGUGGUGUCUGCACCGAUGAGCGCUGCUGCAUCCCCUACAAGUCCAAAACCAUCGAGGUGGAGUUUGAGUGUCCAGAUGGAGCACUUCUCAUCUGGAAAUACAUGUGGAUCAACGCCUGCUUCUGCAACCUCUCCUGCAGGAAUCCAAAUGAUAUUUUUGAAGAUCUGGAGCAGUACUAUGAGUUUAAUGAGAUUGUUAACUAGUUUACAAAGAGCCAAGUGCAGUCUCUUUAUAUGGGAUCCUUGUGCUCAUAUUUGUAUUCCAUGAAAAGCAUCAGUGACACUAACAGGGAUGCUCUAGUCCAGGGGUAUCCAAACUCUGUCCCAGAGGGCCGGUGUCCUGCAAAGUUCAGUUCCAACCCCUAUCAGACUCACCAGGGCUAAUUAAUCAAGCUCCUAGGCUUUCUAGAAACAUCCUUGCAGGUGUGUUGAGGCAAGUUGGAGCUAAAAUCUGCAGGACAACGGCCCUUCAGGACAGAGUUUGGACACCCCUGCUCUAGAAAGAAUCAUUCAAUGUUAAUUAGAGAUCAUUUCAGAUGAUUUAUGAAUGAACAUCAACACUGUUACUCAUAUUGAGAAAACUUGUAAAGUAACGUCAGUAUGUUAAAAGAGGAUUCUAAUGCAUGCAUAAUGGAAGAUUUAUGUUAAAUUUGAGAAGUAUUACAUUUAAGAUGUUUUGUAGACUUACUGCUACUGCCAAGUUCCC